GUUGUAAUUGUAACGCUCUCUGUGUUGUUUUGUAGUGUUCGGUUAUUUACGAGAAUCUACAACAGUAACAUCGAUCUUAGAUCAAAGUCCAUUCCAUAGGUUGAGCUGACUGCGCUGUCAGUACUACACUACUAUCUCUGCAGGGUUUGAGUAGAUAGAGAUACAUGGCAGAUCCAGAGCCGGUAGCGGGGGACAGUGUCCCCCAAAUACUGAACUUUAACGUGGGUGUGCUGGGACAUGUGGACAGCGGGAAAACGUCUUUAGCUCGAGCACUGAGCAGCACCGCGUCCACUGCUGCGUUUGAUAAAAACCCGCAGUCCAAAGAGCGAGGAAUCACACUGGACCUGGGCUUCAGUUCCUUCACUGUUCCUCUGCCCGAUCACCUUCUGUCCACCUGCAACCACCAGUACCAACAUCUACAGUUCACUCUGGUCGACUGUCCGGGACAUGCCUCUCUCAUUCGCACCAUCAUCGGUGGGGCUCAGAUCAUCGAUCUAAUGCUGUUAGUGGUUGACGUUGUGAAGGGUAUGCAGACGCAGACUGCAGAAUGUCUUCUGAUUGGACAGCUCACCUGUUCUCGCAUGAUUGUCAUCCUAAAUAAAACAGACCUGCUGCCCAGUGACAAGAGACAGAGUGUGAUUGAUAAAAUGACCAAAAGGAUGCACAAAACUUUGGAAAAUACAAGAUUUAACGGAUGUCCCAUCAUUGCCGUGGCAGCAAAGCCAGGUGGACCAGAAGCUUCGGAUACAGAAGAAGCACAGGGGAUUCCUGAGCUUAUAGAGUUGCUGAAAGCUCAGACGUUCCUGCCUCGUAGAGACUCAUCUGGCUCUUUCCUAAUGGCUGUGGAUCACUGUUUCUCCAUCCGAGGCCAAGGAACAGUCAUGACAGGCACCAUUCUGCAGGGGGCAGUCAAUGUCAACGACACGCUGGAGAUACCUGCACUUAAGGUGACCAAGAAGGUAAAGUCGAUACAGAUGUUUCGUAAGCCGGUACCUAGCGCAAUGCAGGGAGAUCGAGUCGGUGUGUGUGUAACCCAGUUUGACCCGAAGCUACUGGAGCGGGGAGUGGUGUGUACACCCAGUUCUCUGCAGACUCUUCACGCAGCCGUUAUCUCUGUACGGAAGAUUGAAUACUACAAAGGUGCAAUCAGCAGCCGGGCCAAAUUUCACAUCACCAUCGGACACGAAACCGUCAUGGCACGUGUCUCGUUCUUCAGCCGGGCUUCUCCAAGUGACCAGUCUGCAGCAGCCGAACCGAGCUCAGAGGCUUUUUCAUUUGACUGGGAGUUUUGUCACCAGGAGGAGUAUUUGACUGGCCAGGGGGAAGCUGAAUGUCGGGAACCAGAGCAGUGGGCCUUGUUAGAAUUCGAACGGCUCGUCACAUGUCCACCGCUUAGUUUGGUGAUUGGCUCACGACUGGACUCUGAUAUUCACAGUAACACAUGCAGGCUUGCGUUUUAUGGGAAGCUGCUAGAAGGCUUUGAAGAAAAAAACUACGUUGAGACCACACUGCCAAAACUCAAAAUCAGUAAAGACAAGCACAAAGAAGGAGCGGUGGAACGGGUAACUGAUGACUACACUGUGAUUGGUAAAAACCUGUUCAAAAAAGAGACCAACCUUCAGCUGUUUGUGGGGUUAAAGGUCACACUUUCUUCAGGAGAGACAGGAGUCAUUGAAGGCGGCUUUGGACAAAGUGGCAAAAUCAAGAUUCGAGUGCCAGAGGGACUGAAAGAAGAGACAAAGCAGCUCCUCUCCUCGUCCUCCAAAAAAAAGGGAAAGGGUGGCGCCAAAAGUGAACCCGCUAAAGAGGAGGAAGCCAAGACGGACUCUCAGCCCAUCACCGUUCGCCUGAAUUUUAAAAGAUAUGUUUAUGACCCACAUAAAAGGAUGGUGCAGUCUUGACCCUCACAGCACUAAUAGUUUUAGACGUGUGAUUAAAUUGAGCUGAGGGGGAAGCCUAAGUAGGGAACGAUUAUGAUCUGGUGUUGUGCAUAUGAGUGGCAGGAAGUUUGUGUACAUAACCCACUGGAUUGCUUUGUAUUACUUUAAAAUCUGUCUGUACUUUCCGACUUGAAUAAAGUAAUCAACAC